CUGCGCCCGGGUCGCGAUACACGUGGGCUUCGGGCCUGGGCCGCGCAGUUUUUCUUUGCGUUUCUGGAAUCAUCGAGGAGACUGGCAAAAUUCGUAACGUCUUUAGACUGCGUCACUAGCGCCAAUCCGAUUCGUAGCUGAUUGUUCUUCGAAUUCACUUUUGAGUCCUCGGUUAAAACCUCAGUUACAAAGCAGGAUAAAGUCGAGCUGCUUUGCUUCUCGGAACGGAAAAGCGCUUUUUUGUUGUUGUUUAGCGGCUCGGCCUCUUAUGGGGGUCUUGUGUGUUUUAGGGGACGGCAAAACAGAACAGAAAGGCGGAGAUAAAAAGAGGGGUGUUAAAAGACCACGAGAAGAUCAUGGCCGUGGAUAUUUUGAGUACAUUGAAGAGAACAAGUAUAGCAGGUAUAGGAUGCUCCCCUAGUUUGACUUGUCAUCCCUUAUUCGUUCGUUGAUCGGAAAGCUGUAUCAGGAGACAAUUCUGUCUUUCAGAGCCAAAUCUCCUCAGCCACCUGUUGAAGAAGAAGAUGAACACUUCGAUGACACAGUGGUUUGUCUUGAUACUUGUAAGUGAAGCUGUUUCUCCCCAGUUAUGAAAUGCGGUGAUGGUUUUUUUUUUUUUUGCUUCCAAAAUGUUAGAAAACUUAAUGCUUAAGUGCAGCAAAAGUUGGGUUAGUUUUUUUUUAAAGCAGGAAGAGAUAAUGGUUUAUAUUCAGAACCUAGUAGUUUAAUAUUUAGCACGGCAUCAGUUGUAUCAAAUGGAUUAUUUUACAGGCUCUAGGAGUUUCAUAUUUUUAUGACUUGAAAGUUCUCGUUCUUAGGAAAUGUAAAAUUAAUGCCAGUUUCUGACUAGCUAACGGAAACUUGUAACACUACCUAUAAUUUAGCCUUACAGGCUUCUACAAUAAAGUAAUUCAUUUUUUUGUGGAAUUAUAUUAAGUGAGCUAUUUGGGCUAGUUAAUUAUUUACUAAUGACUUCUCCCAUUAGCACACAAGUAUAUUCCCUAUUCUAAAAGAUUGUAAUAUUACUUUUUCAAUAACUGCUCUUUUGUUCUCAAUUCCAGUUCAGUAGCUGCUGCUUUAAACAUAAGUUGAUUUCUUCCAAAGACCUGAGGCAGCAGCAGUGGGCUAUCACUGGGCCACUAGCUUUCUUCAGCAGCGAAUGGUAUCAAUGGCAGUGCAGCACUGUAAAUACUGCUACUUCACCCAGUUGGGUUGCAAUUGAGUAUGAGAAAGUAUUGCAAACCUCUAAGUGGGCUUUGACUGUCAGACUUGCAUUUUUUUUGUUGUUGUUAUAAAAAAAAGUAGUUGGUUUAGUGAUCAGAAUUCACAACUCUGGGUGUGAUAAAUAGACCAAAGAAUAGAAAUACCUGUUUGAAAGUAUCAGCUGUGGUGUCAGCCUGCUCUGUUAGAUGGAGGGCAUUGAAGCUUAGCUUCUCAUGUUUUCUUGUACAAUUUGGUUUUAUUCAGAUUUGUAAGAGUGUAAAUGUAAAACUCUUUCUUACUGGAAUGUCCUUUACAGAAGGUUGAGAUAGUCAUCUGAGCCUUUUUAAAGUAAAAAACUGCAGGUGAAAAAGGAGUUAGUUGAUUUGAAAGUUUUAUGUGAAAUUCUGGGUUGUGUAAAUAAAAAGUUGCUAGGAAUUGGCAAGGUAGUGAAGUGGUGACUCAUGCAGGUAAUGUAAUUGUUAGAUUUUUUAGCAAAUCAGAUAGGCAUAUGUCAAUAUAAACACAAUGUUGAAUUCAAACAAUCUGUUGAAUUAAAUUCUGUUGAUUACAGUAAUUCUAAUUUAAGAAAAAUUCCAAACUGUAGAUUUAUUUUUCUCUGAUCAGUAAAAAAAAAAAUCGAAUUCCAGCUUGACUUUAGCUGUUGAAGUGAGAAGUCUGAGAAGGUGCAUGUUAAUGAGCCAGUGACCCAUAGGUAGCUAGGUUAAAGACACUUUGGAUUUGGAUAAUCCGGGAAGCAGUUAAUCCCUGAUUGUUGAACAGGCAGUCCUGGGUAAAGAGGACCUAAAAUGCUGCACUAUUAACAGCAUUAGACGACCAGGUUUGUACUUCAUAGAUUUAGGCUGUCUUCUUCACAAGUUUUAGAAGAAGAAUUUAGGAGCUAGAGCCCUGGUGCAGGAUCAACAGCAGCUCAUACUCCUGUUUCAAAAUAAUUUGGUCGUGGCCUCCCUUCAGUUUUAAUGUGGCACUGGUAAAUCUACCUGGUUCUGGCAUGCUUCACUUUGAUUUCCUGCUAUCCUCUACUGCUUGCCUCUAAAUCAAGGUAAAGAGCAGAGCAGGUAUGUAUUAAUGUCACAUUGUCUUGAUUAUUUUAAAUACUUAAAAUAUACAUGUUAAACCUUGGUAUUAGUUUCAGAGGCAGUUUACUUUUCAGUACAUAAUUUAAAAGGAGUGACUUGGUGGGAGUGGGGCUUUAAACUGAAAAUUGGAACAACAGCAUGAUGUGGAGAAAAGUUGUGCAGCAUUAAGAAGUACAUGCAAAAAUUAAAUAACCAAGUUUUCUCUACAUAGCAGAUAUGUUUACAUUGGAUGUCAAAAGUAACACAGUAUUUGAUAUAAUUACAGAUAAUUGUGAUCUACAUUUUAAAAUAUCAAGAGAUCGUCUCAGUGCUUCUUCCCUUACAAUGGAAAGUUUCGCUUUUCUUUGGGCUGGAGGAAGAGCAUCUUAUGGUGUGUCAAAAGGCAAAGUGUGUUUUGAGAUGAAGGUUACAGAGAAGAUCCCAGUAAGGCAUUUAUAUACAAAAGAUAUUGACAUACAUGAAGUUCGUAUUGGCUGGUCACUAACUACAAGUGGAAUGUUACUUGGUGAAGAAGAAUUUUCUUACGGGUAUUCUCUAAAAGGAAUAAAAACAUGCAACUGUGAGACUGAAGAUUAUGGAGAAAAGUUUGAUGAAAAUGAUGUGAUUACAUGUUUUGCUAACUUUGAAAGUGAUGAAGUAGAACUCUCCUAUGCUAAGAAUGGACAAGAUCUUGGCAUUGCUUUCAAAAUCAGUAAGGAAGUUCUUGCUGGACGGCCACUCUUCCCGCAUGUUCUCUGCCACAACUGUGCAGUUGAAUUUAAUUUUGGUCAGAAGGAAAAGCCAUAUUUUCCAAUACCCGAAGAGUAUACUUUUAUCCAGAACGUCCCCUUAGAGGAUCGAGUUAGAGGACCAAAGGGGCCUGAAGAGAAGAAAGAUUGUGAAGUUGUGAUGAUGAUUGGCUUGCCAGGAGCUGGAAAAACUACCUGGGUUACUAAGCAUGCAGCGGAAAAUCCAGGGAAAUACAACAUUCUUGGCACAAAUACCAUUAUGGAUAAAAUGAUGGUGGCAGGUUUUAAGAAGCAAAUGGCAGAUACUGGAAAGCUGAACACACUGUUGCAGAGAGCCCCACAGUGUCUUGGGAAAUUUAUUGAGAUUGCUGCCCGAAAGAAGCGAAAUUUUAUUCUGGAUCAGACAAAUGUGUCUGCUGCUGCCCAGAGGAGAAAAAUGUGCCUGUUCGCAGGCUUCCAGCGAAAAGCUGUUGUAGUGUGCCCAAAAGAUGAAGACUAUAAGCAAAGAACACAGAAGAAAGCAGAAGUAGAGGGGAAAGACCUACCAGAACAUGCGGUCCUCAAAAUGAAAGGAAACUUUACCCUCCCAGAGGUAGCUGAGUGCUUUGAUGAAAUAACCUAUGUUGAACUUCAGAAGGAAGAAGCCCAAAAACUUUUGGAGCAAUAUAAGGAAGAAAGCAAAAAGGCUCUUCCACCAGAAAAGAAACAGAACACUGGCUCAAAGAAAAGCAAUAAAAAUAAGAGUGGCAAGAACCAGUUUAACAGAGGUGGUGGCCAUAGAGGACGUGGAGGAUUCAAUAUGCGUGGUGGAAAUUUCAGAGGAGGAGCCCCUGGGAAUCGUGGCGGAUAUAAUAGGAGGGGCAACAUGCCACAGAGAGGUGGUGGUGGCGGUGGAAGUGGUGGAAUCGGCUAUCCAUACCCUCGUGCCCCUGUUUUUCCUGGCCGUGGUAGUUAUUCAAACAGAGGGAACUACAACAGAGGUGGAAUGCCCAACAGAGGGAACUACAACCAGAACUUCAGAGGACGAGGAAACAAUCGUGGCUACAAAAAUCAAUCUCAGGGCUACAACCAGUGGCAGCAGGGUCAAUUCUGGGGUCAGAAGCCAUGGAGUCAGCAUUAUCACCAAGGAUAUUAUUGAAUACCCAAAUAAAACGAACUGAUACAUAUUUCUCCAAAACCUUCACAAGAAGUCGACUGUUUUCUUUAGUAGGCUAACUUUUUAAACAUUCCACAAGAGGAAGUGCCUGCGGGUUCCUUUUUUAGAAGCUUUGUGGGUUGAUUUUUUUUCUUUUCUUUUUUGUACAUUUUUAAUUGCAGUUUAAAAGUGAAUCGUAAGAGAACCUCAGCAUUGUGCACGAUAAGAGAAUGUGUCAGUAUUUCAGGGUUCUACAUUUUAUCUGUAAAAUGUGACUUUUUUUUUUUUAUCACAACAGAAGUAAAAUGUUGCUUUGUACCUGGUGUCUUUUAUUAAGAAUUUACUCCCCCCAUUUCUCACAGAGAAUAACAGUCGGGAGUCAUUGUCACAAUAUAAUAGAAAUGUUAGCAACCAGAUUCAUGUAAGGACUAAGUGGUCCUCAUGAAUUGCAUUAAGACUCUGUACUGCUCAUAUUACACUCCAUCCUCUCUGUAGUUUGCUGGGUAGUGGAGGGGGUAAGCUAAAUCGUAGUUUCUGACAAUAACUGGGAAGGAUUUUUCUUAAAUAACAUUGGAAUUGGUAUAAUUGGGAUUGAAAACCAAAACUUGGAACUAAGAUAGAGAAGAUGGAGUGUAUGUAGAAGGGCUGUUAAAAAUGUAAACCUUGGUUGCAUUAUUUGUGGAGGCUCAAACUUGUGAAGGUUAAAUACCAUAAUUUUUCCAUUUGUUCUGCAUUUUGAUUCUGAAAAGAAAGCUGGCUUUGCCCAUUUCUUAUUAAAAAAACUUGUUGUAAAUCCAGUUGUCUAAUGGGAUCUAUAUGAAGUUAGCCAUGUCUGUAUGCCCUUCUCCCACAAAAUACUGUAUAACUAGUGUGCUUGUAGUAGUUAACUCCACCAUCUUUGUAAGCUAAUGAAAUUGUGAGUCACCCAUUUAUAUCUUAAUUUUUAAUCAUGUCAGUUCUUGAAUGGGUAUCUCCUUAGCCUGCUGAUUUCUUUUUCUUUCUAAAGAAAGUGGGUGGAGAAAUUAAUUUAGACGUUUGUUUGCAAUAAAAAGAAUUCAUUUUA